UUAACGGCGUGUUUGGAUAAGAUAAUUUGACAGAGUAAAUCAUCUUUUUCUCACGAACGAUCCCUUUCGCCAACGUCAUUUUCUCUCUCCAGGGGUGCAAAAAGGAGGUAUGAAAGUGGUACGUAAGUAAGUUAAAAGAUGAUUGGCCCAAAGUAGAAGCCCAUUAAUAAAGCUUUGGUUCUUGGCCGGAGUCUGUGGCAGGGGCAAAGGCAAUCACUGUAUUUUGUUUGUUUCCGUUCAUUCGCCAACGUUACGCUACGCAGAAGAGAAAGAAAGAGAGAAACCCUAGCGAAGCCAUUGAAGAUUACUUCGCACUGUGGUAGCGCUGAGCCUCACAACUUCAACGCAUCAUUCCUCACCUUAGCGAACGUUUUCCAGUUUGCAGAAACUUGUCUUGCAAGUACUAGUUUGUCUCUAACAACUUGCUGUAAGCUGAAAAGUGAUCUCUGAUGGAAGGAGAUACUAAGAUUUUGGAGGAAGAUGACACUCGGAGCAAGAACGGAAGUUCUCUAGUGAAGAUAAAAGUGUUGUUUUUUGCUAGAGCACGUGAUCUCACUGGCUUGAGUGAGAUGCCAUUGGAGUUGCCAUCUGGAAGUACUACUCACGAUUGUUUGAAAAAGCUUGUGGUGAAGUUUCCAGGUUUGGAAGAAAUCAGAGGGUGUAUGGUCUUGGCUCUGAAUGAGGAGUAUACAACCGAGUCAAGCAUUGUUAAAGACGCAGAUGAGUUGGCCAUAAUACCUCCAAUUAGUGGUGGCUGAACAACUUAAUAUCAGUGCAGGGUACUUCUACUUUUUGUACUGCAGUAAAUAUUCUGAAAAAAAAGAAGAAUUUGAGUAAAUGCUAAUAAGUUUAUAUCUCAUCUUAGGGUAAUUUUAUUGAUGUGCAAUCCCAAGAGGUUAACCUUUCUAAACAUUUAUGUGGAGACCACUAAGUUUUCUUAGUAAACGGUUUAAUCAUGAAGUUAUUGAAAAGUAAUAAUUUAACGAAAGGGCUCGACCUCUUGGAAAGCACUCUAUGAAAUUACCCUACUAUUAGAACUGUUGUAAUUUGUGAACCUAAACAAGUGUAGUGAUAGAUUUUAAUGCUGGAUUUAUUGUAAUCCAACAUUGAGACUUUUCUUUCUUCAAGUGAAAAUGAGAAAAUUUCAUUUUACA